AUGAUAGUAUUGCUAUGGUUGAUCUCCUUUCUUCUGAGCAUAUAUGAAGUGCAAUGUGUUCAGCCCUAUUUUCCUCCACAAAUCACAUUUUCCACUGAUAAUAAUCCAGGCAUCAUGGCAAUUGAUGAAAUUAAUCAACGAGCAUAUCAAUCGGGUGUUCAACAAUAUGCUUUUGUGAUGAAGGAUUUUCCAUAUGCAAUUCCUGAUUCACCGCAAUCGAAAUAUUAUGUUCAAUUGAGAGUAGAUAAUGCUAUAAGCAGUUGCCUUUAUGAAGCAUAUUGGAAGUAUGGUGGCAAUUUUUUCAAUUCAUUUCCUUUGCAUUGGUAUCAUAAUAGUAGUUCAUACAAAAUCGAAAAUUAUCUCAAGUUUAACUAUGAAAUGAUGCAUGCAACCAAUCAUACCGAAACCGAAGAUUAUUGGUAUUCAAGUACACUUUGUCAGAUCUGUCAUGAAAAGUAUCCAUGUGAUGAAAUUUAUUUUCAAAAAAAUACAGAUAUACCAAUUCGACGAACUCAAGUACUGGAUAUUAGUUGCAGUUCUGAAAGAGAAACAACAGUUUAUAAAGUUAUAUCGAUCGGUAAACCAGAUGAUCGACUAUUCAAUACAAUUCCAAAAAGUUGGGCGUACGAUUGCCAAGAUGUUACAUUAGGAGUCCGAUACAAUCCGCAAUUAUCAAAAAUAGGACUGAAAAAAAGUGCAACAGUUGAAGUUUGGCUCAGUACUCCACCUCAUCGAAUUCAUGACAAUGACACAGUGAUCAUUGAAUGGCAACCAUCAAAUGAUUUUAGUUGCAUGGAUUGUGCAAUCUGGAUCCCAGAACGACUUGUAUUCAAUUCGGCUAAUUAUGAUAAAAGACAAGAGCUUGUGAUCACUCGUGUCAAAGUUGGAGAAGUAAUCCUUCUUCCAAUACUUCAUGGCGGUGGAUACGAUAAGAUUCUGUCGGCUGGUUAUCCAAUUUAUCUUGAAUAG